UAUUAUAGUGGACGCGGACACCCCCCUCUGCACUCAAAUUGGUAUGAGCCGUAUCGCACGCUGACUGGAAACAUGUGGCUGUUUUUGCCGGCUUGUCAUGUAGAGAAAUAUAUCAGUUUUUGGUUAAUAAAUCAGUGAUACAGCAUGUAAAACGACUGAUAAGCAAGAAUAUACAGUUGUAACCUCGACAGACAGGAACUUAAAGGUCUUUUACGGGGUCUCUGGACAGACAGCUGAAGCCUGCGCUUGGUUAUCUUCCAACAGUUCGAGAGAUCAUUCCCAGUGUUGUGUGAGCUGAUUGGUCGUGACCAUGAGGAGGUGUAAGAACUGUGGGGGGACGGACAUUGAUGUGGACCAGGCACGGGGCGAUGCUGUGUGCAUGGGCUGCGGCUCCGUGCUGGAGGACAACAUCAUCGUUUCCGAGGUAACCUUCGUGGAGAACAGUGGAGGAGGAUUGUCCGCCGUCGGCCAAUUUGUUGCUGGUGACUCAUCUGGAAAUGUGCCAUCAUUGGGAGGAAACUUCCACACUGGGGUUGGGAGGGAGUCCAGAGCUGCCACUCUGCAGAAUGCUAAGCGACAGAUAAACCAUCUUGGUCAUCAGCUUCAAAUGACUCGGCACUGUCUGGACACUGCCUUCAACUUUUACAAGAUGGCCCUCUCCAAGCAUCUGACCAGAGGGCGCAAAUCAUCCCAUGUCAUCGCCGCUUGCCUCUACCUCGUCUGCCGAACGGAGGGAACACCUCGUAUCCUUUUGGCCAUUUACAGAGAAAAGAAAGUGAAUGUGUAUGUUUUGGGAAAAACCUUCCUUGUUUUAGCCAGAGAGCUGUGUAUCAGUGCGCCAGCGAUUGAUCCGUGUCUUUAUAUCCCGCGCUUUGCGCAAAUGCUGGAAUUUGGAGAGAAGAGCCAUGAGGUUUCGAUGACGGCACUGCGUCUCCUGCAGAGGAUGAAGAGAGACUGGAUGCACACGGGACGAAGACCUUCAGGCCUCUGCGGAGCAGCGCUCUUGGUUGCUGCCCGGAUGCACGAGUUCCGUCGCACAAUUAAGGAAGUGAUCAGUGUGGUGAAAGUCUGUGAAGCCACACUGAGAAAAAGGCUGAAUGAAUUUGAGGACACGCCCACCAGUGAGCUGACUAUUGAAGAGUUCCUGAGGGUGGAUCUGGAGCAGGAGUGUGACCCGCCCUCUUACACGGCUGGACUCAAGAAGCAAAAGCUAAAACAGAUUGAGCAAGAGCUCGCAAAGAAAGUUGAUGAUAUUGAAGGUGAAAUCUGUGGAUAUCAGGAUGAGAUUGAAGUCGAGCUGGAGAGCUGUAGGCCCAAAGCCAGGGGGAUUUAUGCAUCCUAUUCCAAAGAUGAUGAUGUGAUUUCCUUGGCGUCAUCCAGCAUCCUUGCUGGUAAUGAGGAAGGAGAGGACGACGAGCUGAGGGCAGCAGCAUCUCACCUGUACAGUACUAUAUGUGGAGAUGUUGGAGGGGACAAUGAGCAGGAGCGAGAUGGAGAGAAAGUCUUUCCAACCAAACGGCCCUCGUUAGCAUUAUUACUUGGAGCGCUGCCCACUGCGGCCAGUUUGGGCCUGCCCAAGUCCAUCACCAAAAUGGGAGAGGAAAAGGAAAAUGAUGUGGAGGCAGAAAACGGUGAGUUAGACCUGAGCGGUAUCGACGAGGAUGAGAUCGAUCGGUAUAUCCUUAAUGAGAAGGAAGUUAAGGUGAAGACUGAACUGUGGAUGCUUCAAAAUGCAGACUACCUCAAAGAACAGAAAGAAAAGGAGGAAAGAAUAGCAAAGGAAAAGGAGGAGGGUACAUAUAAAGAGCGGAAGCCUAAAAAGAAGGCACGGAGGCGUGAGCCCAUCAAUGCCAGCACUGCAGACGAAGCCAUUGAAAAGAUGUUGGAGCAGAAACGCAUCUCCACUAAAAUAAACUACGAUGUUCUGAAAGACUUGAACAAAUCCAGCCCAAAAAGUCCCACUCAACAGACUGAAGAAGCUUCCACCGGAGCCAAAAGAACCCCUGUGGCCCGCCAACGGAAACCCCAACUGACUUCACCCAUGAUUGGCAAAACUAUCAGCAGCUUUGGCAAGAGGUUACAGCCCCUGGUGUGUGCGCAGCCCUCUAAGAAGCUGGCCCUCGAUCAGAAAGGGUUUGGUGCCCCAGUGGCCACUCCUGCUGCUCCAACCCAGAAUGCUGUUGUCAUGGAGAGUGGACCUGUGGCGUACGAAGACCCUGUAAAUGAAGAAGAGGAGGAUGAGGAGGACGAACACUGUGUCAGUGCCAUGCAGUUAAUGGGCAGCACUGAUUACGGCUAUGAAGUAGAUGAUGAUGAAGGUUUCUGAAUCCAGAGUGCCUGUGCACCAGUGGAGAGGACACACUAACACUUACCCUGCUGCUUAUUCUGACCCCAAAACACACAUGCAACCUCCAUUUAGUCUAGUGUUCAUGCUUAUGUUUGCAAGAUGAGACCAAAUAUAGUGAAUUUUACACACUACAGAGGAUGGAGAACAACAACUAAACACGAACAAAGAUCCCAUAUUCUGGCUUUUCCAUAGGUGCGUGAUCUGAGCUCAUAUGCACUAAGUCACUUAAACACCAUUUAAACUCACAGCACACAAACAGGAGUAUGAGAGAAUAUGGAUGUGUGUGCAGUGAUUGAGAGUGAUGAUUCUCUCUCUGGAGUGUGUAAGCCUGCUAGCUAACUGCAUUACUGUGUGUUUUAGGCUAAUGAUGACAUAUGAUCUUGCACAUCUAAAGCGAUUAGCCCACACAAGGCUCAGGCCUCUGUGUGGACAAAUGUGUGCAUGUACACGUGCCUUUAAAUAUUGCAGUAUACAGGCCAGGAAUAGUAUUAUGAUGAUUUUCAGAGCCAUAAGUGUUAUUCUUUAAAUCAGAUGUAGCUUUGUGUUUAGUAUUCAGUUAGUAACAUCUGAUUAGUAACAGUGUUAAAUUUUGUUCCACUGCUUGGCUGGUUUUCUA